GACGCGAUCUAGUUCCCUUGUCUAGAUAUUUAGCUCAAUCUAGAUAUUCACUUUUAUCAAAUAGUGUAUAUUGACAAAAGUAAAUACUACACUAUAUAAGACCUUAUCAACUUUGUUGGAGAAUUUAAAACAAUGGCUUCUUCUUCAAAUAUUCUUCAACUUCACCAUCUCCAUCUUCUUCCUUCAAUUCAUCCAAUUUCUUCCGUAAAGCAAUUCACUAUCAAAUGCACUUCACCUGAAUCUUCUUCAGACCCAGAAUUUCUAACCCCAAAUUCAGAAACAACAAUUAGCCCAGAAAAAUUCCCAAUUGAAAAACGUCGAAAAUCCGAGAUAAUCCGUGAGAGAAAAUCAAGAACUGAGCUUAUAAAGCAAGACCCACCAAAUUUCGAAAUUGGGUGGAAGAGAACAAAGCCAAUUCCAUUAGAUAAGCCAAUUGGGUAUGUGAUAAUGGAUUUUUUGGAGAAAUUGGAAGAGUUAAUGGCUAGGGAUUUUGGGUCGACGGCGUUGUUAGCGAAAGUUGGAGAAAUAGUUGCAGAAAGAGCUAGGGAAGAAGCGGAAGUGUUGAAAGAAGAAGGAAAAGUGGAGGAGAGAAUGGUGACAGAAUUGUACAGAGUUUUGAAGCUUAUGGAAAUGGAUUUAGCUAUGGUGAGUGCUGCUGUUAAAGAAGAGACAUUGAAUGAAAGACUUGAACAAGCUAAAGCACGUUGUAGGCAAGCCAUUCUUGUUGCUAAUUCUUUUUGACAAAUUUGUAGUAUCUUUGUUUCACUUGUACUGUAUUUCAUUAUCGACGAGCUCGACCCAGAAAGCAAAAACCCUUUGCUUUUGCUGGCUAGGGGUUUCAAUAUUGAGAGCUCCAAUAUGAAAGUCCCGAGUCCAAACCACGAGGUCACCUCGAAAGGAUUGUAGAUUUCAGUUUUGGCCAAAAGCUGAAAUUUUUCCUAUUGUAUUACAAAAAAUCAUCAAUAGUCGUUACAUCUUUACUA